AGAUAUGUAAUAUAGAUAUAUAUUUGUAAAACUGAAAUCAGAUGAAAUAAAUGUUGCCUGAGGUUUUAAACGUUUAAUAAAAACAAUAUUUCAUUUGGAAAAAAUGUAAGAUAUGUAAAAUUACACAUUGAUCAUUUUGCUGGUCUUGUAUCAUAAAACAUGUGGCCCGAAGAGCACGUGUCCGGUAGGGAUACGUCACUUGUGUUAGGAAUCGUUUUAUAACCUAUCACAGUAAAGGAACGUCCCAGUAUAGCAGCCGAAGAAUGCCGUGAAAGUUUUUGCACAAAGUACAAUUGAUCUACAAUUGAUAUUUUCCGCAAUACUUAUCUGGUGUUCGGACAGGGUGUCCCAUACUCAUGAUAUUUAUGACAGUGGAAUGGCGCAACAAGAGGAAUAUCGACCACGCAACCACUUUCAGAAAAACAAGAGUGCUUGUGAAGGAACAUUAACUUGUAGUACGUGCCAUUUAAUAUUUUCGAAAGAAGUUUAUGAUGCACUUCCUGACAAACCAACAGAUGAAGAAUUAGACAUGUUGGAUUUAGCAUAUGAAUUAACAGAUACGUUAGUUCAUAAUAAUCAGUCACGGCUAGGCUGUCAAAUAGUAAUGUCUAAGGAACUAGAUGGAAUUGAGGUAAGAGUUCCAUCAACAAUUAAUGAUGCAAGAGCAUAACUGAAAUUAUCUAUAGGUUUUUGAAAAUUUGUAUACAAUGUUAUACAUCUCUUGUUAAAAAACCCUUGUUAUAAUUAUUAAAAUAUUGGUAUUAAAAAAAUAUAAUAAAGAAUCUUGUGUUUAAAUGUGAAGCUUAUAUAUAUACAUAUGUUAUAGUAUAAUUGCAAUUUUGAUAUUUGUACAUUGCCAUUGUAAAAAGCCUAUCCAAUUAUGAAGAAAAUAUAUCUUUUAUUUUUAAUAUA